CUCCAGCACCAGUUGGCCUUGGCUCAACUUCCUGCCUGCCAUAACUUCACUGUACACAACACAGCAGGGCAGCGUUCGCAUCAGCGGCUCCUCACACCUGAUGCACAUAAAGCCGCCCAAGAGGACUGCUCAUCAUGACGCAGCAGGAGCAGCAGGAGUUCACCCAAAGCCUAGAGGCGGCCCUGUCAUGGAUGCGUGCCGUCCAGGAGAGGCUGAGGGCCAACGACAACACCCAGGGGCCACGCGAUGCUCUGGAGGCCCGACUCAGGGAGACAGAGAAAAUCCAUCAGUCGGAGCACGAGGGUCGUGUGAAGAUGGAAAUGGCGCUGGUGGCAGCCGAGAACCUUUUGCAGAGCGGAGACGAAGAGCUGAGAAACCACACCCACGCUAAGCUCAAAGACCUGAAAAGCCUGUGGGAGGAGACCAGCACCUACAUCAUCCAUUGCCACAGCCGGAUCGAGUGGGUGUGGCUCCACUGGAGCGAGUACCUAAAGGCCUACGAGGAGUUUGAGCUGUGGCUGACGAGGCAGCAGCGCAGCCUGGACGUCAGGGUGGAGCUUCAGCUGGAGGUGAAGGAGAAGCUCUGGCAAGUGGACCAGCAGAGGGUGGUGGUUAGCGACAUUCACAGCCAGGCCACACUGCUCGAGAGGCUGCUGGACGAGGCCGCUGCACUACACAACAGGACCCAGGACCCUAGUGUGGAGCCCCAGGCCCAGGAGAGGCUGCAGGAGGCCUACAACAGUGUCAGGGACAGAGCUGAGGAGCGCCUGACGCAGCUUCAGAAGAUUGCUGUGGAGCACCAGACGUACCAAGGCUGUGUUCAGAGGUUCCAGUCCUGGUUGCUGACAAAAACCAAGGAGCUGACUGAUCUGAUGGAGAAGGAGGAUACGGCCGAGGACAAGCUCAAAGCCUUACAAGCUCUGGACGACAGCGUGGCUGGUGAGGAGAAGACCCUGCAGCACAUCGAGGGUGUGGCGGAUGCGGUGAGGGGCAACACCUCUCCUGCGGGUGCAGAGGUGGUGGUGGAGCAGGCCGAGGAGUUGAGGCUUGGCUGGCAGAGGCUGAGGCAGGGCCUGUGUGAGGCAGAGGAGGGCCUGCGUUGCAGUUUGGACUCCCACAGCCAGUACGUGACCAGGUGCCAGCGGCUAGGAGAAGACAUUGGCCACCUUAGGGCGAUGCUGCAGGGGAUGGACCAGGAACUGGAGAAGAACCGCGAGGCAGAGGACCACACCGAGGAGCAGAUGGUUGGCCAGUGGAAGAAAUAUACGGGCGUCAGGAAUACUCUGGCAGGGGAGGAGUCCCAGGUGGAACUUCUCAAGGCCCAACUCAAGGAGCUUUUCAGGUUCUCAGAGGACUCACGACACCUUUCUGAUGAUGUCCUGGCUGUUGUCAAAGAACAUCAGAGCGUUAAAUGCAGAGCGACAAGGCUGUGCUCUGAGUCAGAGUCAGGGCUGAGAAACAUUCUCCAGGACCCGCUGCUGGUCUACGCCCAGUGGAGCCAUGUGGUCUCUCAGGUUCUGGAAGCUUCUGCCGAGGUUACGGACUUCUCCCACAUUGCUAUGUUGGUCCAGAACAUAGAGCACCUGCUGAAGAAGAGCGUCCAGCUGCAGGAGCGUUUAGGUCUGCUGCAGGUAAAGGGGGACCUGCUGGACUCUGUAUUCGGCCCCGAGAGGUCCGAUGGCCUGCAGGAUGAGCUGAGCGCUGCCAUCAGGAACAGAGAGCUGCUGCACACUCAGCUGCUGCAGAGGAAGGGCAGACUACAGGGCUUAAUCUCCAGAACCAAGGACUUUGGUGAUGCCUAUGAGUUGAUUCGUUCCAAGCUGUCCGGUCUCCGAGACCGACUGGUGGCAGCUGACGGCCCCCAGCCUGACAUCCUGGCUAAGAAAAGCCAGUCCGACCAGUUCAGGGUGAUCCACAAGGACCUGGAGGACUGUGAAGCCCACAUCACAGCGCUGGAGACCCUAGUCUCAUCCAGUCAGAGCAACAGGACUCAGUUUGAGAGGCUCUAUGCAGACUGGAAACACCUGUACAAUGCAGUAAGGGUAAAGGUGCACGAGAGCGAGGAGAGCAUUGCAGACCAUGAGAGCUUCCACGACGGUCUGCUGAACAUAGAGAAGUGGCUGAUGAUCAUGAAGCAGAAGCUAGAGUCCUUCCAUAGCCCCUCUGGAGAGUGGAGCAUAGAGGGUCGACAGCACGAAGCUGAGAGAGCACUGGGAGAGUUUCCAGAGAAGGAGCUUCAGCUACAGCAGAUGGAGGUCCAGGGUCAGGGGGUUUUGAAGAAGACUUCAGAAGAGGGACAGGUCCACAUUCGGCGAGAUAUAAAGCGCCUCCAAGAGUCCUGGUUGGCCCUGUACAACAUGAGUCUCAAUCUUCACAGGCUGCUGAACAGCUCCACAGAGCAAAAAGACACUGACUUAUGGAAAGUCAGAGGCAAACAAGAAGUUAAGACAGCAGAGAUGUUUGGAGCCAUGGCGACCUCUGGGCCUGGAAGAGGAGGAAGCCUGGAGGGAGAGGCAGGAGAGGGGGUGACGACAGGGCAGGGUGGUUGGCUCCAGGGCCAUGGUGAAGGUCACUUCCUUCUGACUGGACAGGACAACGAACAUGUCAGCCCAUCAAGGACUGGUAAGGAUGGUAGGUGCUACUCUAAAGGGGACGAAGUAGAUUCCUCUGCUUUGAGCAUUGGCGGGAGAGCCGUCCAGAAAGUUUCCGAAGACUCCACCACAGAUAGAAGCCCCGACAGUGAUAAAUCAACAGGAGGCCACAGCAGCAUCUUGGCCGGAGACAGAGGGACAACAGCUUUUAGCACAAAUGUCAGCUAUGCCGAGGAAGGAAGAAUGAGCUCUGAAGAAGGCAGCAUGGAGGCAGGGGAAGGCCUGAGCCCAGGAGAAGGAGCAUUCACGGUGUUCAGAAGGGACCUAGCCAAGCAAACAACACCAGUGCAACACUCAACGGGAGGCGCAGGACGGUACAUGUCUAGGAGGAGAGAGUUUGAGGCCUGGCUCUCCAAAGAGGCUGAACUCCUCUCAGGGAUCCUCAGCACCAAGGGAGCGACACUCAGUGCCAAAGAACUCAAACUCCGACAGGAUUCGCUCAAGGCUCUGAGAGGAGGAGUGCCCUGGGGUCAGGAGCAGUUCCAGCUGUUGCUUCAGGAGAGCCAAGGCAGUGAGGCUGGUUCUGGACCAACAGAAGAUGCGUGUCUGGAGGAACUUCGCUACCGCUGGAUGCUCCACAAGUCCAAACUGAAGGAUGCGAGAGACGUCAGGGCCAGGACCAGUGCCAAGAGACUCCAAGCCAAACAAGAGGAUCUGGCCGCCGCAGCAAAGGUGGAAAAGAAGCCUGGGUUGUUGCAGAGAGUGUGUCGACUGGCUCUUCCCCUGUGGCUCCUCUUCCUGGCUUUGCUCCUCCUCGCCUUCCUGCUGCCCCUCAUGGACGAAGGCAACAGCUGCUCACUCACCAACAACUUUGCCCGUUCCUUCAACAUCAUGCUCCGUUACGACGGACCGCCACCUACAUAGGAAACCUCUGGACAGCGCAGGAUAGAGUAAGGUCCCACAUUACCCUGCCCUUUGAAGUGUGACCGUAACAGACCACAAACAGGACCACCAGGCUGUGCAGCCGCAAAGUCUAUGUUGCCUUGAAACAAAUCUUAUAGUCAUCUCACUAGUAGACACAUUUUCCUCCUUACUGUCAUCUCUACCAGGACGCACCAUAAUCUAUGAAGGAAACUGCAA